AACAAUAAAAUAAUACUAUUUAAAUGAUGUUGCUCACAAUCCACUCUAUACUCCCCUUUUUCCUGGUUUUGGGAUCUCGAUACUCCUCUCGUUCUCUCUCCUUCCGGCUGCGCUGUAGCCCAAGUGUCGACAUGGCCAAGAGCUCUUUCAAGAUGGAUCACCCUCUCGAAAGGAGACAGGCUGAAGCUGCUCGCAUCAGAGAAAAAUAUCCAGAUAGAAUACCAGUAAUUGUGGAAAGGGCUGAAAAGACUGACGUGCCUGACAUUGAUAAGAAAAAAUAUCUGGUCCCUGCUGAUCUGACUGUUGGCCAGUUUGUGUAUGUGGUUCGGAAGAGGAUCAAGCUUAGCCCUGAGAAGGCUAUUUUUAUUUUUGUCAAGAACAUUCUACCACCCACUGCUGCCAUGAUGUCUGCAAUUUAUGAGGAAAAUAAAGAUGAAGAUGGUUUCGUUUACAUGACCUAUAGCGGUGAGAACACAUUUGGUAUAUUCUGACUUCCGAGAUGCAAUGAAACUGUGUCUGUGAAUAAGGCCUGCAAGAUGACAGGAAGAUUCUAGAUAAGUUGUAAAUUCUCUCUCCCUUAGCCAUGUUUUCUUUUAGGAUUUACUUUUCCUGCAAUUUGUCUAAAAAAUUUGGUUCUCAGGAUAAGACAUUUAUAUUCUGUUUUCUGCAUUUACAUUUUUUAUGGCAUGGGUGAGUGUCUUACAUCCUACUUCACUUUUA